AAUUUACUGAGUAUAUGCUGGUACAUGUUAAAAUAUAUUCAUUUUGACAUGACAUAUAAGAAAAAAGUUAACCUCAUUGAGUUUAUGUUUAUAUUGUAUUUAUACCUAUAAAUUAUUAUUAGUAGUAAUAAAUAUGGAUGAUGAUGUGGCUGCUCUUCAGAGUUUAGAGCACCUCAUGACAGAAUUUUUUUCAUCAGAAACAACUAAUGAACGUAAACGAACAAUUGAACGAAGUUUUCAAGAAUUUGCAGCACGAAUUGACUCCUGGAGACCAUGCUUGCAUUUUUUAUCAUCUACAAGUAAUCAUUAUGUCAGCAUGUUUGCUUUAUCUACAUUAGAGACAACUAUUGGUAGAAGAUGGCCAAUUCUUCCUUGGGAGGAUAGAGCACUUACACGAUCAACUUUAUACACAUUGUCAUUAGAAAAAACUGUAGUACCCUUUGUCAGAAACAAAGUAGUCAAAUUAGUAGUGGAUAUUGCAAGACAUGAUUGGCCACAUUUUUAUCCAGAUUUUUACUCCAAUAUUUUACAGUUGCUAGGUCAUAAGCAUACAAGAUUGCUAGGUUUGGUGUAUUUAAGAACUGCUUCUGAAGAAUUAGCUACUCCACGAGAGGAUUUGCCAGUACAAAGGAAAAAUGAACUAUUAAGAUUACUUAGUGCUCAAGUGCCUCUGACACUGGAUACACUAACUGUACUUUUACAAGAAACAACAAAAUUAAGAAACAGAUCAGGAACUGCAACACCACCGCCUUCUCCUACCAGUGGCCAAACAAUACCACCUACACGUACGGUAUUGGAUGUAGAGGGUUUAGCAACAGGCACUAGUGAAGUUUGCAUUGCUACACUUCAAGUUCUAGCACAUUUGUUUAGCUGGAUUGCUUUGACAGAUCAUAUUACUACUAAUUUAUUAGAUGCUAUAUUUUCCUGUGCUAGAUACCAUGACACUAUGAAUGGUAAACAAGUAGAAAUGGUUGUACAAGCUGUAACUACUAUAAAUGAACUUCUGUACAGACCAUUGUGUUCUCCAAAUGUGACAGAAAGAUUAUUAUUAGAAAUAUUUCAAAAUGGAGUAAAUUUAUUUCAAUUCAUGGAACGUUUAGAUUCCAUAGAUGAAAGUUAUAUGGGAAAAAUGACAGAAUUUUUACAAUUAUUUGUAACAAAUCAUUUAAAACGAGUUGAGUCAUGUCCAAAAUUUCCUGUGAAUACAUUAUUAGAAGUUCUUUGUCAUCAUACGUUUCAACAGUGUUCCACAGUAAAUGGAUAUCUACGGUGUUUAGAUAUUUGGACUGUUCUUUUAGAAAGUACACAAUCACAGUAUUCAGCAGUAGCAUUAGCUUUAGCAGAAAGAGUACUUCAAAAAAUGUGUUUUAAAUUUAACGCACGAGCCUUAAGAGAACUUGAUACAGAAAAUUUAGAUGAAAAUGAAGAAACAGAGUGGCAACAUUUUUUAAGGUGCAAUAUAGAAUGCUUAGCAAAAGUGGCAGAUGUAUCACCUAUUCCAGUGUUUACAUUAUUGUAUCAUUCUUGGAAAGAAGGUUUAAUAGUUUUCGGAGAAUUGGGUACAGCAAUAAGUAAUAAUCAAAUUAUUUUACUGAAUGACGCAGAAGCUUCUAAUGUUCAUGCUCAUUUACGCGAUUUGGCUUCUACAACUCAAACUUUAGCUAGAUUAUAUUCUGUUUUUAUUGGAGAUCAAUCAGCUAUAGAUCAAUCUUUGGCAGAAGAAGUUGUUUCGCAAACAUUAGAUGCAUGUAUUUUUGCAAGAGAUAAUCAACUUUAUAAAGCGGCAUUACAACCAGCAACCAUAGUACUAGAUCUUAUUGAAGUGCAUUCACAACUGUUAGCUUCACUUCAGGCAUGGUGUCACUGGAUAGCAAAAAGGCCAGAAAAAACUAAAGAAACGUUAUGUCAACGUUGUGUUAAUUCGUGUGUUUGGUCAUUAACAUAUACUACUACAUCUUGUGAUUUACCACCACCUUUUAAUCUCGUUCAUUCUGCAACCCAUCUCUUUCAAAGUAUUACUGCCAUUCUAAGACCUAUACUAUGGGAUCAUACUACUUUCAGAAAUUUAAUUUCUAUGAGAACAUAUCCAUCUUUAAAACCUGACACCAUAAAAGUAUUGCGACGAGCAUUAAUUAAUGGUAUUAUUUUACCAACUGGAGAUGGAGCUAUAAGAGAAAGGCUGAUUGGCACAAUGAUAGGAUCUUUGUCAGAGCCUCUAGGUGCACAAGGCCAAUCUGUACCUUCUGAUUCAACAAUAUUAAUAACUAUACCAUCAUUAACUCAAUUAUUAGAAGAUUGUUCUUCUUCAUCAACUACUAUCAAAAAGAUGUUGCAUUCUAAUUUAAAACCUAGUAUCGAUCGAUCAUUAGAACUUUUACCAUAUUUGAUAAGAUAUCAUAAUAUAUGUGAAGUGGUACUUAAUUUUCUACAUUCAGUAUUCUUAGUAUUGCAACAACAACUAGGUCCCGAAUUUACACAAACUGCAGUACAAGGAAUGUUACAGAUUUAUACCAGAGAAAACAUUUCUGCUGGUCCUGCGUUAGAUCAGUUAUUGGAAAUAUUAAUAUUAGUAAUAUCAGCACCUACUAGCGCAUUUAAAGCAUUUAUUCCUUCAGUAACCAAUUUAUGUUUGGGUCAAGUAUGGCCUGCUGUUGGAAAUGAUCUCAGUGCUUAUCCUGAUACUACGAUUGUUUUAUUAAAACUUUUUUAUAGCAUUCUUACACAUCAAUGGCAAUACUUUUAUAAUACAUCAGUAUUGCGUACACUUGGUCACGCAGACGAGGAUGAACCUGUCGAACAUAAAGAAGAAUUAGUUGCAAUUUUGGAAGCUUUUGGCCAAGCUUUAUUGCAGCCAGAUGUUAAUAUAUUUCGUCAAAGCUUGCAAAGCCUUGAACAAUUAAAUAUUAGAUGGCGAUUAUAUCAAAGAUCCAUAUUUAAAGUCCACUUACUUGAAAGAUUCUUAAUGGCCCUAUUUACAGUCUUAUUUCAACAAUCUCACAAUUUAUUAGCUGAUGAAAUUGCAGCUGCUGUACAUAGUUUAGCAUCUGUUAAUAUAGGAUGGUUCUUUCAACAUUUUCUUCCUACAUUUUUAAGUAGUUGUGAAGGUGUGGAUGAUAUGCAAAGAGCUACAUUAUUAGAUAACUUUGACAAAUCCACUGACCAACCGACUUUAACAAGAUCUGUUCUGCAACUUAUUUCUGAUUUACGAUGUUAUCAACUGUGUAGACCAGGUUAAAUACAUACAAGUAUUAAAAUGAUAACAUGAUUGCAUUUGAUAACAUUUCGUAAAUAACAUUCGAAAAAACAUUCUUCCUUAAGACUAUUUUCAGUGCCUAGAGAUAAAUAUGAACUUUCUCAUUUCACAAUAAAAGAAAAAAACAUUUUAUAAUAUUUACUACUUUGUGUAAAUUACUGCCGUAACUUUAUUGUAUGUCAAAACUAUUGUUAUAAAUAAAGUUUGUCUUUUUAUAUGUUAUAAA